AAUAAUAAAAGACAAAACUCCACAUGUUUUGCCUUGCCCACCUCCCAUCCCCAACGACCCUCUCUGCUUAUUUAAGGCGAGCAUAAGGGCGAGCAUUGAGCCAGACCUCCCAAGGAAUGCACUUGAGCUUCCAAAGCCCCAACGCCAUGGCUGCCAUCCCCUUAUCCUCAGAAUGGCUUCUUCCCCUGUUCAUCCUCCUCCUUCCUCUUCUCUCUCUGCUUUUCCUCAAACCCAAAAACAAAGAACUGAAAGCAGCCAAGCUCCCCCCCAGCCCUCCCCGGCUUCCCAUUAUCGGCAAUCUCCACCAAUUAGGAAAGUUGCCACACCAAACACUCUGGAAACUCUCGCAGGAGUAUGGCCCCGUCAUGCUUCUGCAACUCGGCAGCGUCCCAACCAUGGUCGUCUCCUCCGCAGACAUGGCCAAGGAAAUUUUGAAAACUCACGACCUUGAUUUCUGCACAAGGCCUUCCUCUCCCGGCCCGAAACGCCUUUCCUACAACUAUUUGGACGUCGCGUUCUCCCCCUACUCCGAUUACUGGCGAGAGAUCCGUAAGCUCUUCGUGUUCGAGCUUCUGAGCGCGAAGAGGGUACAGUCUCUGUGGUACGCUAGAGAAGCAGAGGUUGACAAUUUGAUUACCGCCGUCGCCCAAUCUUCGCCGAAUCCGGUGAAUCUCAGCGAAAAGAUCUUUAUUCUCGCGGACAGCAUUGUGGGCACGGUCGGAUUUGGGAAGAGGUACGGCGGAAUGCAGUUCAAGAACCAGAAAUUUCAGGACGUUCUGGACGAGGCCAUGAACAUGUUAGACAGCUUCUCCGCCGAGGAUUUCUUCCCGGCGGUGGGCUGGAUCGUGGAUGCCUUGACGGGGCUACGGGCAAGGCUCGAGAAGAGCUUUCAAAAUCUCGAUGGGUACUUUCAGAUGGUGCUCGACGCACAUCUCGACCCUUCAAGGCCCAAAACAGAGCAUGAGGACUUGGUUGAUGUUUUGAUUGGAUUGACGAAAGAGCAGGGUGGCUCUGGCGCAUUUCGUCUCACCAAGGAUCAUGUCAAGGCUGUUCUCAUGAACACAUUCAUCGGGGGAAUAGACACCAGUUCGGUGACAAUGGUAUGGGCAAUGGCGGAGCUGAUGAGGAGCCCAAGAGUACUAAAGAAGGUCCAGGCCGAGAUCCGGAGCCGCGUCGGGAAGAAACCAAGAGUCGAAGCAGACGACGUCGCAAAGCUGGACUACCUAAAAAUGGUGGUGAAGGAGACAUUCAGGCUCCACCCGGCGGCGCCGUUUCUCAUCCCGCACCAGGCGAUGCGCAGGUGCAAGAUCGGCGCCGGCGAGCACGCGUACGACGUCUUACCAGACACAAGGGUCAUGGUAAACGCGUACGCGAUCGGGAGGGACCCGAAGAGCUGGACGAACCCUUGGGAGUUCUGCCCGGAGAGGUUCGAGGGCAGCGAGAUCGAUUUCAAGGGGCAGCAUUUUGAGCUGAUACCGUUUGGGGCGGGCAGGAGGAUCUGCCCGGGGAUGAUGAUGGGGAGCACCACCGUGGAGUUCACGCUGGCCAAUCUGCUCUACUGCUUUGACUGGGCGAUGCCCAGUGGGAUGAAUAGGGAGGACGUCAGCAUGGAAGAGGAAGGAGGAAUUACCAUUCACAAGAAGACGCCUCUGUACCUUGUGGGCAAGAGGUAUAAUUGGGAUGCAUAGGGGUGAAAAUGUCAUUUCCUUUGUAUGAGAAAUUUCAAGUGUUGAAGUGUUCUAUGUCUACCACCUAAUUAAGUUUUUAUUAUGAGAAGUAUUAGGCUUGCCAGGUUGGAACGGUUUGUAUGAGAAAAUCUCUCUCUCUCUCUCUCUCUCUCUUUUUCAAAGUAUUUUGUCCAAUCUAGUUAAUUAAUAAAAUGGGUUCAUUCUUAUAGAAAA